AUGAGUGGGUCAUGUGAUAUAAUCAAGCAAAAAAACGCUUCACUUUCAGCUGAAAAUCAUUCACUGAAACGAAUCAAAUCUGAGUCAUUCGCCGCAAAUGUUACCAGCCAACAACAGUCAAGGUCACCGUAUGACCCCAGCUCCGUCCCAGCUCCACCUUCUGGAUCAUGGAUUCAAUCACCGAGCGGAGCGUUACCGUCCGUCUUGAGUCCCUAUGGGCCAUCAACGUCAACAAGCCCUCAAUUAGCGCAAACAGCAUCUCAACAGCAACACCAGCAGCGGUGCGGACCGCCAUCGGCACCGUCCAAAUACGGUGGACCAGGUACACCGGCAACCCCCAGUAAUGCACAGAAUCCGCCAUCGAUUGGUCCAGCGAUUGGCACGAGUCCCGGAAGCACUGGGAACGCCCUUCAGACGAGUGUGCAGCAACAGGGAAGCGUUGAAGCAGUCUCAGUAUCGGGUGAGACAUUUGAUGGAUCUGCACCCUAUACCCCCGCAUCAGUCGGUUCAUUAAGUGGGAGUGCGCAUUUGAACAACGUGUCAUCAUCGGUCACAUCAACUGGUACUUGUGAAAAUAGUGCAACGACAGCAACACCGCAAACUACGGGAUCGGCUGCAACGACGAAUAACUGCCUGAAUGAGUUGUCUUCUUCGUUGAACAUCGGUCAAAUUGAUGAUUUCUUCGACGAUCUCAUCUUUUCGGAUGCUAAAAUGUCGUCAGCCGCCGAAAUGCAGAAAUAUCUGAAUGAGGAUUUUCUGGCUGGUUCAGGUCUCGCUGAAAUCAAUGCAGCGCUGAAGUGUGAGAGUGAUGUUUCACGCACGAUCACGGAUGCUCAAGAUUGGAAUGAUGUAGCCCAGGUGAUCGCGGAACAGUCAUAA